AUGUGUGAAGUUUGUAACGUGUCUAUCGAUGAAGAUCAAUAUCUUGCUCAUAUUGCUAUAUGUGGACUACAAGACGACAAUGAUGAAGAUCAAAUAGCACUGGAAAUAUGUGCUUUAUGUGGAAAACGAGUUCAAAAUUUGAGGCAACAUUUUCAAACAUGUAUGAAUGAAUAUUAUACCAGAAACGAUAUAUAUGAGGAUUAUUCGAACUCACCAGUUCGACCGGUUGGACAAGAUCCAACAACCAAUGUUCAAAGUCAGAAACGUACAAAAGUAUGCAUGAUAUGUUCCAAGAUGAUCGAUGAAGUCGACUACUUUGAUCACAUAAAUGCAUGUAUUGAUAUAUCAUCAGCCAGACCAAACAACAUCCAGGAAUGUUAUAUCUGCUCUAAAGAAAUUGCCGAAGUUGAUUUUAUUACUCAUGUUAAUGCAUAUGCCUCUGAAUUAUCUUCAAGUUCGAAAUCAAAAUUAACAACUAGACAAACUCAAAACUUGUGUUUUACAUGUUCAUUGCCAAUAGAUUCUUCAAAAAUUUCUAGUCAUACCAUUUCAUGUCCAUCACGUCAUAUGUAUUGUCUAAAAUGUUUUCAACAUUCAAUGAAUGAAUACAUUAAAUCUAAUAUUCCUCCUGUUUGUCAUUCAACUCUCUGUAAUUAUCAAUUGUCUCGAUAUGAUGUUGCAUGUUUACCACUUGAAUCAGAUACUAUCAAACAUUUACUAACUUGUGUCAAAAGUGCACAACGUCCUCAAUGUCCUUUAUGUCUCUUCUAUGUUGAUUUUAAUUCUAUCAGCGACUUAGAAAAUCAUGCAGCUUUAUGUAACUCAGAAAAUUUAAUUGCUUGUGAAUAUUGUCAUUGUCUAUACAAUAUGUAUCGAAUGGAUGAUCAUUUACAACAAUGUCGCAAUCUUUCUCAUUAUCAACAACAACAAACAUUAAUAGAUUUCAUUGUACCACGAACUAAAUAUCCCAUAACAUCCCAAGAGAUUCGUGUUUUUAUCGAACAUAGAAGGAAGAGUCGUUUACCACUUGAUCCACAUUCAAUCGUUGAUGCACUAGCUGUACUUGAUGGCACCUUCCCAUUUGAGAUUGCUACUCGUGACUGCGACGUAUGUGCAGAAACAUGUGUAUACGAGGAUAUUUUUGUUUUUGGUUGCACGGAAAGUCACAAACUCUGCUAUCGAUGCUUUGAAGCUUCAUGUACAACGAAGAUGACCAAUAAUGAAAUACUCACAUGCCCAUUGUGCAAUUAUCAAUUACAAGACGGAGAAAUCAGACAACUGAGAGUAUCAGCUGAUCGACAGAAACAAUUAUUAGAGUAUCAAAUACAAAAAACAUUCAGUAUUUAUACUGGUGCUACUCAAGGGGUAAUUAAAUGUCCAAACCAACAAUGCUACUGGGUAGCUGAGGCAAAGGAUCCUACUGACCGCUUUCAGGUUCAAUGCCCUCUGUGUGGUUAUGAAUUUUGCUCACUUUGUAACCAACAAUACCAUUUUCGAACAACAUGUCAAGAAGUUCCAGGAAUUACUCAACGUUGGUUCUUUUGGUGUAAUACAGAGCGUGGUAACUAUUGGCAAGCUCGAGCACAACAAGAUGCUAAUUUUAGAGCUCAACUAGAAGAUUAUGAACGACAAAAAGUUACUAAUGAACGACGAAACGAAGAGUUGCGUCAACGUUACAAUGACUUACUGGCUGAUGAGACGUUUAAAGCUCAAAAUUGCCGUCUUUGUCCGCAUUGUCGACGAGUAGUGCAGCAUCUUGGCGGAUGUAACUCCAUGAUAUGUGGUCAAAACUAUCAUGGUGGUGAUGCACAAUCUGGAUGUGGCCGACCCUUCGAUUGGUCUAAGGCUGCACCAUAUGUACCCAUUGCCAGCCGACGUCCACAACAAGUUAAUACUAAGUUAAAAGCUCCGGGAGAACAAAAACUUGUUGUACAUAAGGACGUCCAGUGUGAUACUUGUCAUAAUGAAGUUCAAGGAAUUCGAUUCGACUGUAUUCAUUGUUCUUCGUUAACAUUUUGUGAGAAAUGUGAACAACGCUCUACUCUUGAGCAUUCGAAUCAAAAUCGUGACCAACAAAAACAACAGCAUGUUUUUAGACUAAUACCAGCUCCAAUAGAAGAAAAAAGGGGCAUACGAUCAAUUUUAUCUUUUUUCUUUAGAAAAUAA